AUGGGAUUGAUACCGGUUCAUGUACAAGAUGAACCGCUCUUUCAUUCUCCCGUACCAGCCGAAGUGCGUGAUGAGUUAGUAGUCCAUGUACAAGAUGGACUCACCGAACCGUCGCCAUUACAGUACGAACCUAUUUCUGAUGAUGAAGAAGAUCAAAAUAUUGUUCCACAGCAUAACCCUUCGUCAAUGCAUAAUCGUCUAGUAACACCUCAACGAACUGUUCGAAUAGAAAAACGUCGUUCUUGA